UGCAAUCAGUUUCCACAAGCCAGCACUAUGAAUGAUUAGACUGGUUCAAAGAAACGAUUAUCCUGUCAGAUCAAUAUUGCUCAAAAAUGGCGCAUUUAUUCACGUACAUGUAUGCAGCCCAAUGUCGGGCACAUAUGCCAUAUUAAGCAGGGCAUCGAUUAAUUGAUUAACUGUUGUGUGCUUUCACAAAGAAGUCACUUUCAACUUAUGCAUAAUUGAUACCAGCAAGUGAGUUGGGACUGAGGGAGAAAGGUGGGGGCAGUGCGAUGAAGCAAUAAGCCAUUUGCAGUGGAAGUAUAUGUGGUUUGGAGCCAUAUAACCCAAUUUAAAGUGAUUGCUUAUACAAGCACUAUGCAGCACUGCCUCUGUGGUGCUCUCUGUUCUAGCCGUCUCCUUGCGAACACUGAGGAUCUCCUUAAUGUUGGAUGACUGAGAUUAUGACAAGUCGGCAGCUGAUUUGACAUCACAGCAACAGCAGCGAUAGCUCUUCUGUAUGUGUGGAUUAGCCUUUCAGCUUGCCAUCAGCACGGGUUGUCAUUUACCAUUGUGCUCUGUUGCCAUGGAAGAUUCACCCCUUUUUACAUCUACCUGACUCCUUUCAUCACAACAUGACAUACAAUGACAAUGACUACAAUCCGGUGUAAUGACAUUUAGCAUUUGAAGGCAGUGCUGUCAUGUAUACUCAUAGUGAUUUACCUACAUCCUUUGGUGAGGUGGCUGGCAACUAGGCUCCAGUCACUGAAGGAUUAAUUGGAUCUGAUUCAAUAUAUUUAUACGCACAUAUAAGAUCAUUAUUAUUGGAUUAAUAUGGGAUUUAGCAGAUACACUAUCAUGGGAUGACAGAAUCGGAUUUGUUGAGAUUUCAAGCUAGAGAUUGCAGUUUUGAGGAUGUAACUGCUGCAGAUUAUAGUGAUAGUCAGCAGCAGCAACAACGCAAUGAGUGUUCAUACUUGCUAGAAGACCAUAUUCCUCUGGAAUCCAUCCAUCAGAACUCUGCCUCUCCCCCACUGACAGAGUGCCUUUCUCGUCCCUCCACUGCAGGAUCGCUGUCAGAGAUAUGUCGAAUAUGUCACUGCGAGAGCGAGGUGGACAACCCCCUCAUAUCGCCAUGUGUUUGCUCGGGGAGCCUGCGCUACGUGCACCAGGACUGCCUGCAACAGUGGAUCAAAAGUGCCGAUACAAAGUCAUGUGAGCUCUGUAGAUUUGAGUUUCGUAUGACAACAAAGACAAAGCCUUUCAGAAAAUGGAGGAAGAUGGAGAUGACAACGAUGGAAAGGAGGAAGAUUAUUUGCUCAGUUACAUUCCAUAUCAUUGCUAUAACUUGUGUGAUCUGGUCCCUUUACGUGCUCAUAGACCGGACUACAGAUGAGAUUGAAAAUGGUAUGCUGGAGUGGCCAUUUUGGACCAAACUGAUUGUGGUCUUUAUCGGCUUCACUGGUGGCCUCGUGUUCAUGUAUGUACAGUGCAAGAUGUAUGUGCAGCUGUGCAGACGAUGGAAAGCGUAUAACCGUGUCAUUCACAUACAGAACUGUCCACCGAAUGCAUCCGUGAAGUUCAUCACUCCAGUGGAGAAAAUUGACUCAGAGAGUUUGAUACAGGAGACAGCGUUACUUUAAUUUAAUGUCAUUACUGUUAUAAAGAUUGCCUUUCCCCACAUUGCUGUGGUCUAGAUAUUUAGAAAAUUUCUGGACUUAGACCCCGUUCCCAUACCUAGAUCAAUCUAACAGUUAUCAAUCCAUCUCUGAGGGGUUUCUUGCUAAAUUGCUUUCAGGGUAAGCAGCUUAAACAUCUGGCAAGCCUACUGAAGCUGCUUAAAGAUAGUUAAUUAGAUAGUUGAUUAACUGUAACAGCUUCAGUAAGCCUUCCAGACAUCAGAGCCACUUUAGCUGAAAGCAAUUUAGCGAGAAAGCCCUUGGAGAAGGAUCGAUCCUGUUAGAUCGAUCUAGUUAUGGGAAUGGGGUCUUAGGUACCAGCAGUGCUCUUUCAAAAAGUGCAUGUAAGGUUAUGAACAGUAAGACUUCUUCCAAGGACAGGGUUUCCAUAUGCCUUGUGUUAAUUCUAAGGAAUUGAGGGUGACAGUGAUUGUAAAAUAUAUCAGCUGUAUGGGAAUAAUUUGAUUCUGUAAAAUCUGCUUGAGAGAUUGCCCUUAUCACAAAAUACCCAGAGGGAUUAUUAGAUUAUCAUAUCACAGAACAACCUUAUAUUGGAAAACUAUGUUGUUGUUGUUUUUCUAUUAAUUUAAGGACAGUGAAUUAAAAAGACGAUUUUAUGUGUUGGUGAAAACCCAACGUAGUUAUAUUGCCUCCUGUCUCUGUAACACGUUAAAAUUGUUGGUAAAUAUUUUGAAAUGGAGGCCUUAUAAACAGAUUAGGCAUAAGCAAACUAGAGCCUCAGAUUUGUGAGUUGUGAGCACAAAUGGCCAAAUUAAUGACUCGAACCACAAAUUUAAGACCCCAACCUAAAAUUAGUAGCCAUGAGCACAGAGAUAGGUUCCACAAACCAUCAAUCCAAAUUGUUGGUGUGGUAAUUUUAUGUUGGGGUACUUAAUUUAUGGCUCGAGUCAUUUGUGUUCCAAAUCUAAGGCUUGUGUUAGCAAGCACAAGUUUAAGAGAGAUGGAAUGGGAAUUAUUUUCAGUGAAAGUGUUGUAAGUUGCAUUAUGAAGUAUAUUUGUACUGUUACAUUUAUAAGGGAUAAAGGCACAACUGAAAAUAUGAUCAAUACAAUUAUGAAUAAUCUGCAGGUUGCAAGCAAUGCAGUGGAUUAGUAAUAGGUUCAAUUUUUAUGGUAGAACAGAUGUGUAGCAUUCCAAUAUGUUCAACUGUUUAGUCCUGUUGACACCUUUGUAUCAGUUUAAAUGCCAUAGUUUUUCUGAACAGUGAGAUAACCCUUUGCUUUAUUAGCUUCACAUUAAUAAUAUAAAGUUGCUGUUCAUAUUUUGCAUAUUGCUUACAGCUUAGUCACCAUUUGUUCAAAAAGAUGAGCUCUUAGUAAUGCAAUGCCCACGACUCAGAUACAUGUACUAUAAUUUACCAUUCAGUGCAAAGUUAGAUAUAUUAUUUUAGCAAAAAAAAAAAAAAAAAAAAGAAAGAAAGAAAGAAAAAAAUCCAUGUCAUGAAAGUAACUAUAUAUAUUUGGAAGCAAAGCACUGAAAUGAUAAGUUAUAAAUGUAUGACAUUUUGUUCGAGUCUUUCUGCCUUUGUGCACUAAAAGGGCAGUAUUCUACUGUAAUAAUCUCAUACUGACAGUGAAGUCUGGGGAGUGAAUCUCAUGGGUCAUUGGCUUUUUUUUUUUUUUU